UUUUUUUUUGAAUCUAGGUCUUUUGGAAGUGUGUCUGCAUUUUUUGUAUUUUUUUAUAAUUUUGAUUUCAUGAGUGUUUGUAUUUAUUUGUGUGGAUGAAAGUAAUUUUUUUUGUUUAAUCGUUUAGAUUAAUUGGAUUGAAGGCUUCAGGGGUUGACUUUUAUGAUACGACGCACUUAACAUUGAGUUGUUGGAUAACUGAGUUUGAGUUUGAUUUUUGUUGGGGAAUUGUGGUACGUUGUUGGGGAAUUGAAAUAUAGUAUUAGAAGUCUGUAUAAUCAGUUCAUUUCUUCAUUUUUACUCAGUUUUCUGGUGACUAUGAAAGAAAAUAUAUGGAAUUUUGACUAAUGAACAUGAAAUGUCUUUGUUUUGGUGGAUGUUAUGCAUAAGAUAGGUGUUGAGGUCUAAGAGGUUGUUUAAUAUCAUAACAGAUUGGUUCUUAGUUCACUGCAUUGUUUUGGGUUGGAGCAGUUGUAUUUGGAUGAAACUAAUGUAUUUGAUUUUCUAGGUUUCUGAAUUUUGUUUUGAUGAUAUGAAGCACUGCAGUCUAUCUAAAUUUCAAGUGCAAAUUAGAAAUAUUACUUAAAGUUCACUUAAUAUUUCAUUUUUGUCUUAAUUUCAUGUUUUAAUGAUUAUGGCUGAUUCUCUAUAAUCAUAUGUUUUGAUAAGUGUUUUGCUUUUAUUGUGAGAAUGGAUAUAAUUUUGGUUAAGCCUGCUGUAUCUUGUCUUAAUUUUUUUCAUGGAAUUGCAUUCAUAAGUGUUCACUUAUUGUUUUGGUGUAUGUAUCAUGAGAAGUUCUGGAACAUCCUUGAGAGCUGGGAGCAGCUGAAGCAGGAUUCUCAGUGACCGUACUAAUUUUGCUGAUAUUAGAGUAGUUAUUGUAGCUUUAGUGUGAUACUCCACUGAGUUGAUGGAAAUCAUGAGCGACAAGGGAGAAAAGACAUGCCCACUAUGCACUGAGGAAAUGGAUUUGACUGAUAAGCAAUUGAAGCCAUGCAAAUGUGGUUAUGAGAUAUGUGUUUGGUGCUGGCAUCACAUUAUGGAAAUGGCUGAGAAGGAUGGCACUGAGGGUCGCUGCCCUGCAUGUCGUACAGCUUAUGACAAAGAAAAAAUUGUGGGGAUGGCUGCAAAAUGUGAAAGGUUAUUAUUGUUAAGGAUGGUGGCUGAAAUAAAUUCAGAGCGUAAACUGAAAUUGCAAAGGGCAAAGCCUAAAGCAGCUGAAGGGAGGAUGCAUCUUAGUAAUGUUAGAGUUAUUCAACGGAAUCUAGUUUAUAUAAUUGGAUUACCACUUAAUCUUGCAGACGAGGAACUUCUCAAGGGAAGGGAGUACUUUGGCCAAUAUGGAAAGGUUUUGAAGGUGUCCAUUUCCCGUACAGCAACUGGGGUUAUUCAGCAUUCUUCAAACAACAGUUGUUGUGUGUACAUUACAUACACAAAAGAGGAGGAAGCAAUUCGAUGUAUUCAAUCAGCACAUGGUUUUAUCUUGGAAGGUAGACCUUUGAGGGCUUGUUUUGGAACAACAAAGUAUUGUCAUGCUUGGCUAAGAAACAUGCCUUGUAGCAUUCCAGAUUGUUUGUAUUUGCAUGAUUUUGGCUCUCAAGAAGAUAGUUUUACGAAGGAUGAAAUUGUUUCAGCCUUUACAAGGAGUAGAGUUCAACAAAUUGUUGGUGCCACAAAUAAUAUGCAUCGCUCAGGAGAUGUUUUACCUCCCCCAGCUGACGAUUAUAUCAAUAGCAGCAUAUCUUUAACAGCCAAACCUGUUGCCACCAAUUCUUCAAAUAAUAUUGACAGUCAGAAUAAGGGAUAUUGUGCAGAUAAUGGUACUGGAAAAUCUAAUUCACUCCCUGCAGCAACCUCAUGGGUCAUGCGUGUCUCAGCUAGUCUGCCACCAAGUAAAAAUUUGUCUGGUUCAGGUCAACCUUCAGUCGAUCAGCCUAAGAUAUCUAAUGGUCCCCAAGUCCUUAAAUCAGAUACUUUAAGCACCAUUAGAUCUCACAGUGUAAAGUCGAUGGAAGCUGAAGCAAAUUGUGAAGUUCUUGAUUCUAAGUUGAAUUCAUUGAAUUUGCGAAGAGAACAUAUUAAUGGUGGUUAUCAAAUUGAUUUUUCAAAUACAAAAGCAGAAGUUAUUUUGGGUAGGACGCCUGCCACUUCAACAACUAAAAACCGCUCACCUGAUCUGCCAUCUUCAAAUGACAGUAAAGCAAUAUUUCUAGAACAUAAUAAAUCCCUAUCUAGUCCUGGUUCUGUUGAGAAUGAAAAUCAUCAUAUUAUUAAGGAUAGUCAGGGUUUAUGCUCUGGGUUAUCAUCAAUUUGCCUUCAGAAUCGCUUUAAGAAAGAGUACUCUAAUCCUGUUGUAAACGGUUCAUCAUCCAGUCAUGCGCCAGAUAACAUGCUCGAGAGUCAAGGUUCACAAGAAGAUAUAAGCGAGCAAUCUAGUGAGCCUACAGCAUCUCCUGCGUCAAAUGGAGCUCCAGUGAUGGAAGAUUUUUUAGAUUUUGAUGAUCAACAAUUGAAGGGCUCAGAAGCCAUCCGUCAUAACACUUGCUUGUCUUCCUCACCCUAUUCACUCCAGAAUUUAAAUCAGUCAAGCUAUAGAUCUUGGCAGUCAGGUGAGAUAGACAGUUAUAGUAAUCUUGAUGUGCAUAAUGGAAUUGCACCCAUGAAAUAUGACACAGUUUCUUCUCCAUUGACAUCUAAGAACGAAGUUAGUAGCUUUGUUAGUCUGGAUGCAACUGUUGACCACUCCAGAGUAUUCUCAGAGGUAGGAUUGGGAAACUACCUGGAAAACUAUGAUAGUAAACCACAUUUACGCAGCAGUUUAGCUUCAGAUGUGGGAGAGGGCAGCAUAAUUUCAAAAAUUCUAUCAAUAGACUCAGAUUCAUGGGAAGAUUCAUUGACCUCGCCGUCCAGUUUAGUUAAGUUGUUGAGCAAAAAUGAUCAACAAUAUAAUUCUCUUAAAAUCCCAAACUUGUUCAAAGAAUCAGAAAGCAGGCAAUCUAGGUUCUCGUUUGCUAGGCAAGAUGAUUUGUCUGAUCAGAUAUCUGAUUUUGAGCCAUCUGUUCAUGAAAUCAGGCAUUCAGCCGAUAAAUGUCAUGCCUCAAACGAUUUGAUUUGCACAAAUGAGUAUCGGAAUAUCUUUUCCUCAGGCAGCUCUAUGGAGUCUGAGAAUAUCCCUAGCUGUUAUUCGUUUAUGUCUUCGUCUGUUUCAAAAGCUCCAACUUCAGCCCCACCAGGAUUUGCAGUACUGAGUAGGGCACCCCCUCCAGGUUUUUCUUCUCAUAGGACAAUGAACAAGACUUUUGACGGUUCUGUGAGUACGAGUCAGUUGCUACAAACCUCUACGCAGCCAGUUAGGAUCAGUGGCAGAAAUGGAGAUGUUGCAUUUUUUGAUCCUGCAAUAAUGGAAGUUGGCCAAGGUUCAUCAGGGAUCAGUAAUGUAGGCUCUGAAAUGAGGCAAACUUUAUCUCCAGAGCCUAAUCCUUUUGACCUUGAUGCAAGGCUUCAGCUGCUGAUGCGACAAUCAAUUUCUGAAUAUCCGAAUCUAAGGUUUCCAAACCAUUUAGCGAACAAAUUUGAUUCAACAAAUAAUAGAUUUUCUCCUCCAAAUGAUACUUGCAGUAUUUCACCAAUGCUCUAUGAUCAGUCUCAACCUAGCAAUCCAUCUGCAUCUGUGCAAUCGACAGCUCAACACUCAAGAAAUGCACACAUGCCAAGUGGCCAUUUGGGUGGUUGGAAUGAGGUUAAGAGCAUUAGUCAUCUGGGUGUGUCAGAUUAUAUGACAAAUGGGGGAGUUGGAUUUAACAGUUUUAUUCCCCAUUAUGAGGAUCUGAAGUGUCAGAUUUCUAAUCCCAGUAAUUUUUACAGCAGAGGAUUUGCUAUGUGAUUGUUGGAAAUGUUACCCCUCUUUAAUUCUCUAUGGGAAUAAUGAAUGUGAUCAAUUGGAUGAGUUGGUCUGCUUCCCUCGUCGUUACUGAACCAUGGCCCCAUGUUCUUACACAUGGAUUUCCUGGUAAUGGCAGGUGAGAAGCAACAUUUUGUUAUUCUGUGACAGUAAGCCUCAUUGUAUCAGGAAUUUAGGAUCAUGCUGGCAGACAAAAGACUGGAAAUUGCAGCUGGCUCUGAGGAUGAACUGAGCUCUCAAGUUCACCUCAAUAGGUGAGCUGCUACUGGCCAUUGUAAUGUGCCACCGGGCAACUUUGGCAAAACCUGAUGAAUAAUUGCCAUAUAUCACAGAUGAACUGAAAUAAAGGGAUCUGGGUGGUUUCAUCUUGUUGAGAGGAAUCUGUUUUGAUGACAAAGAAACAAUCGUGAGCUUGGGCUCGGUAAAGAAUUGCUUCCGGUGAUCGUAAUUUGCUUUCUACUGCAUUCUGAACAGGAAUGGCAUCCGGGUUCUUUAAGAUGUUACAGAGGGUGAGAGAUACCUUGAGUAAGUUGUGAAAAAACUCAUCUUUCAAACAACGUUAAACCCAUAGAGAAUUUGGAAUCUGAAUUGAAGACCUUUUUCAGCCUCCUUAUUUGUUUCUUCCUGUUACAAGGAAAAAGCCCCCUCGAAUUAAAUUUUCUGAGUUUGUGGUUGAAAUUACUUAUACAAAUAAAAGAAUGUAUCAUUGAAACA